AAUUGGAAACAUGCCUCGGACUUCCUCUCUUGCAUGGCAAGGGGUUGCGAGUGCCGGCCGUCACACUGCCUCGCCCGUUUCGAACCGUUGCUGUGAGAAAUCUGGAAGAGCGCCUCCUCUCUGAUCACUCGGACCAAACACCUUCCUUCCUCCUCGGGCUGGGCGAUCGUUCUCUCCGGACAAUCAAGGGCCAUGGAAAGAAUGGCUGAGCUAAAGUACAUGUCAGGAUUUGGGAAUGAGUUCAGCUCCGAAGAUCCCCGCUGUCCUGGAGCCUUGCCACAAGGACAGAAUAAUCCCCAGGUGUGUGCAUAUGGUUUGUACGCCGAGCAGUUGUCGGGCUCAGCAUUCACCUGCCCACGAUCCUCCAACAAGAGAAGUUGGCUGUAUAGGAUUCUGCCCUCUGUUUGCCACAAGCCCUUUCUGCCUCUGGAUCAGGGCUCUCUGACACAUAACUGGGAUGAAGCAGAGCCAGAGCCCAACCAGCUGAGAUGGAAACCUUUUGAGAUACCUACAGCCUCACAGAAAAAGCUGGACUUUGUGACAGGGAUGAACACACUGUGUGGGGCUGGAGAACCCAGGUCUAGGAAUGGGCUGGCAGUCCACAUCUUCACCUGCAACACUUCCAUGGUCAACAGAUGCUUUUACAAUUCAGAUGGGGAUUUUCUGAUUGUACCCCAACAAGGGAAGCUCCUCAUCACUACAGAGUUUGGGAAGUUACUAGUGGAUAUCAACGAGAUCUGUGUCAUACAGGAGCUAACGGUUUGGCUAACCCACGGGAUUUCCUUGUGCCCGUUGCACCAGGGUUUAGAAGGGGCAAAGCUGAAAGGAGUCGCAGGAAAGGGUACACAGUCGUCAAUAGAGGCUGCCAGGGGAAGCUCGCCGCGUGACAUGCAGGCUUGUAGCCUGCAGUGUAAAGUUGGACCCAGGCAAGCUGAAGCCAGCACCAAAAAGGCCCACAUCCCUCCCAAACUCCAUGUGGAGUUUAGGAACCAGGUCAACCCCAUUGGUUGGCCCAACUGCGUCCCUGCCACAAAUGCCACAAGGAGUUUGGGGACGGGGUAUAGCUGUUUGGAGACAGUGCCCAGGGCAUGUUCUCCAUUCAAUGUCGCGGCCUGGCAUGGGAACUACGCGCCAUAUAAGUACGAUCUCAGCAACUUCGCGGUCAUCCAGCGUGAAAGCUUUUGA